ACGGUUCUAUGUUUGCCUUCUUUCACUGUGAAGCAGAGCAGAAAGAUUCUGUGCGUCUCUGUGCCUAGCUACAACUACAAUACGAACAUUUUCUUUUCUUGAAGCGGAAAUGAGCUUCUAUACGCGAGCACUACAGCACGCAAAUGCAUGCAAGAAUUGACACAACGGCGUUAUAGAAAAAAAAAUGCAACUACAUUUUCUUUUGUUGCUCUCUUAAAAAGUAAAACAAGAUAAAGCCCUACGAAACCUAGUCCAGUGUGACGUGAAUUAGGUACAAUCCAGGUCACUUCGGCAUAGCGCGGCCUCCGAAGGCCAGAGGUCUCCGACGGGCUGUUGGGGCACACGCUUCUGCAGUAAAACUGGGCGUCUAUUUUGAAAAAAAAAAAAGGCUCGUCUUAAACUUAGAAAGCGCCAAAGUUACACCCAGCAAAACGGAAAGCGAAACGGCCAGCGAGAUAUUCUGGGAAGUCAGGUGACGAGCUGGCGUUGUCAGGUCUCCCUUUCAUUGUAGAACUUUUCCUUCUCGCUCCUUGGCUCGCGCUGCUACGCGCGCACCGUGGGGAGGUGGGGGGCAUCAGUCGAGCGAGCUGCGCGCGGAGCGAGGCAUCGGAGCGGUGCGACGAGCAUGGCGUCCGGCGGCGUCGCGCGACGUUGCCUUGUGCUCGCGGCUGUGUCCUGCUGCAGCCUGGGCGCCGCCUUAGCGCUCGUCGUGUUCGGGAACGGGGCCACGUGGGAACGCGAGCUGCCGCUGUGCACCUCGGAGCGCUCGGCCUGCAGUCUGGUUCAUCGGCGUUACUGGCAGAGCCCGCUCGAGAUCCGGCUGUGCCGCUGCCCGCGCAAGGAGCCCUGUCCCGAGGGUUUCGACAGAGCGACCGAUGGAUUGGCGUUCAACGUCACCGCCAGGACUCAACUUAAGAUGUGCUCCGGCUGGCAAGCUCCCCCUUGUAACGCCAGUCAGGUAUCACUGGUAGCAAAGACCAUCAGAAAGAUAUCACGUGUUGCCCAUGGUCAAAACGGCAAGCAAACGCACGCAGAGGUGAUGUGCCGCUGCUCUGGGCAGAACUCGGACGUAUAUUACCGUCGGGCCCACGGAAACAACACGGCGGAUUUGACCUACUACGAACAGCGCCAGUACUUCACCUGUGAAUCGCUGAGUGAGUGCAAGCCUGGAGAGCCGUGCGGACACGUCGCGCGGGACUACUACGCCACGUACAAGACGUGUAACUGCCCGGCCCACCACUUGUGCACAGUGCCUCUGAACUUCAACGACCGCAAGGUUGUGAACGUGAAGGAAGCGUUGUACGAAGGGAGUGCUUAUCUGGCGCUGUGCCUGCCGAAGUAAAAACAAAAGAAGCCAAGGAUCUCAGUCGCAGAGGCUUUCGACCAUUUCUUUUACGCAUCUCAACGCUAUUAACGGUCUGCGACCGUGCGCCGACGUAUCCUGACAGCCACCGGAGUUAACGACAUUACCCGCUGCGAGAUGCACAGCAAGCAAAAGAAUACACGGUGAUUUCCAUACUAUGCGCUGUGGCGAAAGGAACACGCCGCGUCGCACGUACUGCGCCCCAACGCAGUGAUUCAUGUCUGUGAUCUCUGGCGGUGAACAGACUCUGGGGCGCAUGAGCGAGCGAGAUCGUUAGGGUUUAUCGAAAGCCACCAAGGAUUAAUCGCUUCAGUGUACAUUUCCCCCAAUCUCACUUCAUUUGUAAGGUUUCUUAUAGGGCACAAUAAGUUGUUCCAAAAUCCUUAACCAUUAGAGCAAGGUGAGAGAGCCCCUUAAGGUGUCCCUUAUUGCUCGUGUUGUCAUGAAUGAUUAGUUUGGAGGUCAAAGGCCCGGUCCAUCUUCAUUGCGCAAGAAACUCAGCGAUUCCAUCCUACAAAACGGAAAACAUCUAUUUUGUUUUCAUGCGUUGCUUUGAGAUUGGGAAAUUCCCUAGAUGUGCAUGCUGAAUGUGCCGCGCGAGGAGUCGCCACAGCAUGGAGCGGACGCGUUCGUGUGGAGUGGUCCAGCUCACUCACUAGUGAGGAAGUGAUGGGGGCGGCGCACCAUCGCCGACAGGUCGGACAGCAAACCGUUUGUAAAUAAAAUUUGAUUGA